AUGUACUUGGUCGGUGAACAGCAGCAAGUUCUCAAGGGACAACUUUACGUGGAAAAGGGCCAUCACGGUGAGCUCAUCACUCACGAAUUAGAGGGUACACACUACGAUAUGUACCAACCAACCAGCCAGCUCUUUCGGCGUCUUGCUUCUGCUGCUGCUUCUGCUGCUGCGCUCGUCGCGCAACAGGGAUAG